AUGGGGAAGAUUCAUAGGGUUCAUCGAUCUUCAAGGAAAAAAUCAAAGUAUCAUGAUGCAGAGGCUGCUAUUCUUGGUUCUUUCCAUUUUGAAGAUAGUCCCCAAAAGGAUGAAGUGGUUGCUGGGUCACGUAAUAUUCAUGGAGAAUCUGAGUUUGUUGAAAGUUCAUCAUCUUCCACUGCUUUUUGUAUUAGCAAUCACAGUAACAAAGGUAUCUUCUUCUCCAACUCACCUGUUCAUGUGUCACAUGAAGCCUCCUGUGAACCUUCCGUAGAAAAAAUUGAUUGUUACUCGCAUGAUAAUGAGGAAGUAGAAGGUCCUGGUAACGUGUUUGGUGAAGAAUCGGUUCCUAUAAAUCCUUUCGCAGACUCCUUUAAUGAUUCCCAAGAAGCCGUCGAAUCUGAAGAUGUUCCCCAUGCAAAGGACGGAGCUUCCAAAAAAAUCGAGAAAAUAGAUGGAAUUGUCGAGGAUUGCUCUGACUCUGAUGAUGAGGAUUUGGUUCGAGACCUCCCUUCCACCGGAUUUCUCUCUCCGGUUGUGUCGUCGCCAACCCCCCCGUCCGGCUCCGCUUCUGUUGAACUACCAUCGCUGCCCAUAUUAACGGCAGAAAAGCAUGAUGACGAGGUUAACUCCCCACGAUCUCCUAUUGACGGCGCUGUGGAUGCGUUUGGCUGCCUUACUGCGCCCCUCAACCUCCGGUCACCUCCGUCUUCGGUGGUCUCAUCCAUCCUUGGAAAAGAUUUGCUUCCUGUUGAGGGUCGUACUCCUAACCUGUCGUGCUCCAUCAUGGGAAAGGAAAUUCUCCUGAAUAAGGAAAGAUCGGAUGCGACAGGCACGUCUCUCAAGCCUAUUAAUUGUAGCAGUGGGAAGGCAUUGAUUGCCCCUGAAAUCGUGGACUCUCCAAUACCCAACACGUAUUCCAAGCAGCCACUUGUGGGAAAUAUGGAAAGUCAAAAGAUGCCUUGCUUGGGGACUAAGGCUGUGGGUCACGAUCUUAACUCCUUUUUGGGGGACACGGCUUCCACUCACAUUUAUUACCCCCCAAAGAUAAAGACUCAGCAUUUAUUAGUCCAGACCCCACCCUUUCCUCUCCUGCCUUUAUCUUUUGCCGAUAUUGUUUUGGGCAAGUCCAAGACUUCUCUUGCUGGGCCUCUAUCCCCAGAUCACGUUGUUGAUGACCCAACAUGCAAGGAUUCUCCAAUUAAAUUUUCUGAUGACGAGGUGCCUUCUGUUACCCCACUUAAACUUGAUUUUGUCAACAUCUCUAAUUCCUUGCAUGAUGAUUUUUUGAUAAUUCCUCCGGAGAUCAUGACUAAUGGCAGCAUUCCUUUUGAACGUACUUUAUAUGGUUAUUUUAUCGGUAAUAGGCUUGCAUUUCCUCUUGUUAAAGACAGUCUCCAAGAAUUAUGGAAAGAACAUGGAAUUAGUGACAUCUUUAUUGACGACAUGUUCUUUUUUAAAUUUGACAACGAAAAUGGCAUGAAUUAUGUUCUACAAAAAGGAAUUUGGAAGAUUAAUGGUAUCCCACUUUUCCUUAGAAAAUGGGACCCGGAUGUUUUUAUCGAAAAACCCACGUAUGACCGGGUUCCUGUUUGGGUUAAUAUUUUUGGAAUUCCCCUCCAACUUUUUAAUAAGGAUGGCUUAAGUCUUAUUGCUAGCAAAUUGGGGAACCCGUUGGAGGUUGAUUCCUACACCACCACCAUGUGUGAGCGGGCUACGGGUAGAGCGGUCUUUGCCCGCAUCCUCAUUGAGAUGUCGGCUAAAGAUCCUUGGGCUAAGGAAAUAAAAAUCAAAGCGGUCACAGCUAAAGGUGCCACAUCUACAACGCUUAGAGUGGAGUAUUCUUGGAACCCGAAGAGAUGCGAUUAUUGUAAAAUUUUUGGUCAUGACCAUGCUACAUGCCCCGAUCACUCGAUUAGCGCCCCCGACCCAAAGUCGGCUACGCCCACUCCAAAAGACGUUGAUAAUGAAGGAUACCAAACAGUCAUGCGGAGAUCUAGAAAUUUUCCAAUUCCAAAAAAGAAGAUCCCCAUCGACAACCGCAAAGGAAAAGGUCAUGCUAUAAAGAUCACCCAAGUCUAUAAACCAGUAACCCGUGUAGAGCCAAAGAAAAAAGUCUCCACUAACAUGUUUGAUGCUCUUUCCCAUCAAAGAGUGGAUGAUAUUGAUGAUGAUUCUCGUGUCCCUCAAGUUAUUCAUUCGAGUACUACUAUCCCAGCUUCUAAUGCACUGCCGAGCUCUUCUCAUGGUGGUUGUACCUCUUCUCCAAUUGAUCAGGGAUGA